AUGCCUUCUCAGAGCAUCAAGACGGUACUGGUGGGCGCCGCCGCCCUCCUCCUCUUCUGCCACACCGGGCCGGCCCAGGCACAGCAGAAGUACGUCCUCCACGACAACUACGACAGCUCAAACUUCUUCAACGAGUUCAGCUUUUUCGACCAGCCGGACCCCACCAAGGGCUCGCAGAUCUACACGAGCGCCGUGACGGCCAACAACAGCGGCCUCGCGGGCUACGCCCGGGGCGGCAUCUACCUUGGCGUCGACUCCAAGACUAAGGGCCAGGGACGCCAGUCGGUGAGAGUCACGUCGAAUAAGGCCUUUGACACGGGCUUGUUCGUCGCUGACAUUCAGCACAUGCCUACUAGCAGUUGCGGUGUCUGGCCUGCCUUUUGGAUGUUUGGUCCCAACUGGCCCAACUCGGGUGAGAUUGACAUCAUCGAGGGAGUCAACACGCAAGAGUCCAACUCCGUGACCCUCCACGCGGGACCCGGCUGCAGCAUCACCAACGACGGCACAAUCUCCUCCACAACCCUCAACGACAAGGACUGCAACUCCGGCAGCGCCUCGACGGGCUGCGGCCAAUCGACCUCGAGCAACCAAAACUACGGCGACGGCUUCAACGCAAUCGGCGGCGGCGUCUACGCCGUCGACUUCAACUCCCAGGCCAUCUCCGUCUGGUUCUUCCCGCGCAGCGCCAUCCCCGGCGACGUCACCUCGGGCAACCCGGUCCCUUCGUCCUGGGGCCAGCCCCUCGCCAAGUUCAACGGCGGCUCCGGCUGCGACAUCUCCUCGCACUUUAAGCAGCAGAACCUCGUCUUCAACACGGCGCUGUGCGGCGACUGGGCCGGCAAAGUGUGGGAGCAGAACGCCGAGUGCACGGCGCUCGCGCCCCAGUGCUCCGACUACGUCGCGGCCAACCCGCAGGCCUUUACCGAGGCGUUUUGGCUCAUCAACUCGGUCAAGGUCUACCAGGCUGACGGCGGCGCGGCGGCUGCCGCUUCGGUUGCUCCCAGUGUGCCUGCUGGUAUUCCGACGGCGCGGCCUUCGGCCCCGAUCCCUGGCGUCUCAGCCAUUCCUGGAGCACCUGGUUACUAA